AAACUCCACUAUUAGGAGCAACCCUCAUUCUAGUGGUUGCACCCAAGUGACGUCACCAGUACAUGUGCGACUGCUUUGGUGAUCAUGGGGAAGUCCAGAGCAACCCCGAAAUUUGCUGAGAUGAAGAGAAGGAUCAACCCAAGGGACAGCAGAAUAAACAAGAAAGACCGCAGAAAAUCAAAAAAGAAACCCAAAGACCAAAGCAAGAUUGUGGAGAGACAAGUGCCCAAGGUAUCCUCGGCAUUGUUCUUCCAAUACAACACCCAGCUGGGUCCUCCCUACUACGUUCUGGUCGACACCAAUUUUGUCAAUUUCUCCAUCAAGAACAAGCUGGAUAUUGUACAGUCAAUGAUGGACUGUCUCUACGCAAAAUGUGUGCCAUGUAUCACAGACUGUGUGAUGGGUGAAUUGGAGAAACUGGGACCCAAGUACAGAGUAGCGCUGAGGCUUGUGAAAGAUGCGAGGUUUGAGAGGCUACCCUGUAUGCACAAAGGAACGUAUGCAGAUGACUGCCUGGUGGCAAGGGUGAAUCAGCACAAAUGCUACAUAGUGGCAACAAAUGACAAGGACUUGAAGCGACGACUGCGUAGAAUUCCUGGCGUUCCCAUCAUGUACAUCAGACAACACAGAUAUUCCAUUGAAAGAAUGCCAGAUGCGUUUGGAGCACCAAAAGUGUGAUUCAUCUGAAUGUAGAUACAUUGUAUUAAACAGAAAAGCAUUCUCCAAAAUGAAUUCUUUCUCCUUUAAGAAGAAUUAGUGUAGUUGCAUGUUGGAGUUUUUUUAGGGGGGCACAAAAGCUAGUGACUGAGAUUGAAGCCUUAUCUGUGCUUGUACUGUGUCUAAUGAUUUCUAUUACUGUAACAGCAAUAACUGUAACAGUUGUAAAAUGAAGUCUUAAGACAAAGUUUGAUGAGUAAGUGACACAUUGUACAUUUGUACUAAUAAAAUUCUGCUUGAAGUUUAUGUUU